AUGCGCACUCCAUCCAGUGACACUGUUUCCUGCCACUGGUUUUCACUCGCCAUGUUGCGGCGCAUAGCGCGAUCAACACCCGGCGGAUGUCUCGGUGCAGCCCGUGGCUUCUCGCGGCGGGAGAUGUCCUCGCUGCCCCAGGGCAUGCCUAGCAAAGGCCCUGAAGAGGAGGAGGAUAUCGGCAACUGCCCAAUGUUCGCGCCACGUCAAGCUCCAUCGGCCGCGGAAGCGCCUGCUCCAAAGUCUCGGAUGCUGCGGCUGUUCAGGAUGGUGCCAAAGGAUGUUGUCCAGAGCAUACACUCCACCUACUGGCUGCUUAUCGGAGGCCCCUUGCCACGGCACUUGGUGGAACAAGGCAUGGGCUAUGAGUUCAACUUGCAAGUCAUCUUCAUCCGCUUGGCGUUCCGCAUGGUGGUCUUCGGAAUUGGAGCCACAAUCCUCGCACUGACAGGCCGUCGCCUUUGGCAUCGCUACCGGGCACCACCGGAAGAGCCUGCCUCCAGCCCGACUGCUUGA